UCGGACGUCAUGCAGGUCGCGUACCACUAUUUCGAGAACGGCAUCGCGUACCUCACCCGGCGUAUCAACAAGUGUAUCUCGUACGCGUGCGCGAAUGGCGAGAUGACGCCGUUUCGUGGGCACAACGUGUUCCUCCGCUGGAGGGCCAUACAGGACGUCGCGCGCAUCGACCGAGCUGACGGCGAGGAGAUCUGGUCCGAGAGCAACGUGUCGAAGGGCUUCAACAUGGCGAUGCGGCUCCAGAAGCGCGGU